AAGCGCCUUACUUUUCCUAGUUUGAACCGGACCCUGCACCAAUAGAAAUUAGAUCGAGAAUCGCCGCUCUGGCGCACGCCGUGCCGCCCGCGUCGCCUCUGGCAACUCGGUCUUUUGGCAUGCUCCAGUGACAAUAGCAAUUGUUCUCUUUUUGUUAAUAUUACAGGUUUAUUUAAGUGAAAUUGGAUAAAUGGUCAUCUCAUGAUGUGGCGCUGUUCAAUUCAAUGCGACGUUGCGGCGGUGCGGUGCUCUCCAUUCGUAUAAUACAAAACGAUCGGGAACAAACUUUAAAUUUUUUAUGGUGUAAAACAAAAUGUGAGCGCGCGUAUUUCGAGUGCUAUUUAGUUGUCUCCUAAUUUAGUUAAAGAGUUGUGAACUGUUCGCUUGCGUGCUGAAGAUAAUCAUGGAUUUUAUGUUAUAUAUCGCGGUGUUGGUGCUUUUGUGUUUGGAGGGUGGAGAAACUGGAGGCCAUGGAGAAAAACAUCAUGAUCACGUCAAAUUACACGUUCCUGAAUUCAUUCAUCACGAUCAUCACACAAAAGUUGUAACAAUACAUCAUCACCACAAGCCAAAGAAAGAACAUCAUCAUCAUCACCAUCACCACCACCACAAAAAGCCCCACAUUCCACAUGGCCAUCAUUAUCACCAUCAUAAAAAUUCUCAUAGUAUCAAAACUACAGUUACAAAACAUGGUGGUCACGGCCAUCAUAAGCAUAGUCAUGGUCAUCAUGGUCACCACGGCCAUCAUGGACAUCAUGGCCAUCAUGGACAUCACGGACAACACGGUCACCAUGGUCAUGGACAUCAUCACGAUUCACCGUCUUACAGUUAUGAUCCUCCAGCAGUCCCCACCUUCGAAGAAGAUUUUGGGUCAUCUUACACACCAUCUAUACCCUCAUAUGACACAGGUAUACCAUCACAGACACCACACGUACGUGGUGUAAGCCAUACGAUUAAACAAGUUAAAGUAUUCGAUUCCUUACCUGGUGUUAUACCCACGAAUACACGCUCGCAUGGCUAUGAAGUGACCGAGGAAGGCGAGGAUACCGACGAUGAUGUGUUUACACCAGUUAAUGGCUUCCAACAAGCCUUUCCAGCGACGUUCGGAUAUCUCCGGGGAGCUGCGGCUCAAUCAGUCGCGCAAAAUAAUUUUGCGCCACUUCCCGUGCAAACUACUGCUUUGAAGAACACUCAUGAUCCUUUCGCCUCCGCAGAAGCUAUUCCGAAUGGAUUAGUUCAAGUUGAUCCAUUUGCACCCACUGCAGAUAAUACAGGCUUUACUAACGUUCAACCGUCGGCCGAUUUUCCAGUGACAUUUCGAGGAAGUUCCGGUAACGAGCAACCAGACUCUUUCGCGGGUAUUGAAGGCGAUGACACCUCAUUCACUGCUCCACAAGGCUUGUCCGAAGACACGCCAGUCGCUUUUGCACGAGAAGCGGGCAUACAACAAACUUUUAAUAAGGGAGAUGUGGAGACUGUAGUAUAUUAG